AGUAUUCAACUUUUUUAAAAAAUGUUUAGAUUUAUUUUUUUGGUCGCUCUUGGAUUGUCAUUUACUGCAGCACAAAAUGAACGAACUGCAAGGGUAGUUGGAGGUCGUAAUGCAGGACUUGGGGAGGCUCCAUAUCAAGUUUCACUUCGUGCAUUUGGAUCAACAUUUCAUUUUUGUGGUGGAGCUUUAAUUGGAAAUCGUUGGGUUUUAACAGCAGCUGCAUGUGUAUUUGGACGAGCAAGAAAUUCUAUAAAUGCUGUUGCUGGAUCGGUUUCAUUAUCAGCAAAUGGUGUAGCAAGACGUAGCACAAACAUUAUUACUCAUCAUCUUUUUGAUCCUAGAUAUAUUGAUAAUAACAUAGCACUUGUUCAAACCGCUGCAUUUCCAUUAAAUCAAAAUAUUUGGCCAGUUACUUUGAGUUCAACAGUUCUUCGAGCUGAAGUUCCUGCAGUUCUCUCAGGAUUUGGUGCUACCAAUAUCGAUGGAGGAGCGAAUUCUGAUCGACUACAAAUAUUGUCCCUCAUUACAGCACCUAACGAUGAAGAUUUCUGUAUCGUCGAUUUUGACAUGAAUUUUUGCACAAAUAAUGGAGGUGGUGAAGGUUUUUGCACAUCCGAUUUGGGAGGUCCUCUUGUUUCAAAUGGACAAUUAAUUGGAAUUGCUAGUUGGAACCAUCCAUGUGGUACAGGAUGGUGGGAUGUAUAUGCAAGAGUAUCACACUAUCGUCUUUGGAUUGGUGCUAUUUCAGGAAUUUAAUUUUAUUCAAUUAGGUUAAUUAUUUUAUUGAUUUG